CCACCAGCACCCAGGUCGUUACCAUCAAACGGGGCGAGAGAGAGAGAGAGAAGGCGGCAGCAGCAGCCAGCCGCAAGAAAGCUCUGUCGCGUGAGGCAAUUAGUAAAAAAAAAGUCCCUCGCGUGCGACGAAGCCUCGAGACGCCGGGCCGAGGCGACGAGGCGGACAGCGAGAGGCGGACCGAGCGAGAGGAGAGAGAGAGGGUGCGUGUGUGCGGGGGGCGAACGGCCCGAAUCUCGCGAUCCCCAAAUCCGGAGGGCGUCGGAGGCGGCCGAUUCGGGCCGCUCCGGCCGCGGCGGCGGAGGCGGGGCUGCGAUUCGGGGGGAUUCGCCCGAUCGGGGAGCUCGCGGGCGGGAUUCGAGCUUGCGAUUCGGGGGGCGAGCGAGGCGGGCGGGCGGGCUGUGGGAGGUGGGCCCGGGCGGGGCGGUUGACCGGGGCUGUGUAGGUGGGGUGGGUGGAUGCUGUCCGUGCGGAGGCGGCAGGAGGAUGCUGGCGGCGCCGCCGGCAUGGCGGACCACGCCGAGCUGGAGGAGGGGGAGGCCUACGCCGACGACAUGCCCCCCUUCGACGACCCGGACGUCUCCCUCGCUUACAUUGAUGAAAAACUACAAAAUGUACUAGGUCAUUUUCAAAAGGACUUUGAAGGAGGCGUUUCUGCAGAGAAUCUAGGAUCAAAAUUUGGUGGAUAUGGCUCAUUUUUGCCAACCUACCAGCGUUCCCCCCUUCUGCCCCACACUAGAACUCCACCUAAGGUGGCAAAUGCUAGCUCAAGAUCUCCUUAUCACCAGUCUACUGAGGAUGUGUCUCAGAACCCUCCGGCUAUGGCCGUUCCAUCUGUUUCCCAGAAUAAUGGUUCUGUGGCUCCUUUUUCUGGUGAUUCAAUUAAAAAGGAAAGAUGCGAAAGCACAGCGUCUAAAAGGGGCUCUAGCACCCAUGAUCCUUCAAAUGGCCCAUCUAAGUCUAGCGACCAGAAUAGAUUUAAAGUACGGAUAAAAGUUGGUUCCGACAAUGUCUUGGCAAGAAAUAAUGCAGCUAUUUACAGUGGUUUGGGCCUUGACAUUUCUUCACCUUCAUCUGUGGAGGAAAGCCCUGAUGGCCACGGGGGCCUCUCCCCGGAAUUUAGCAAUGUGCAACUUGAAUCUCCCCGGACCAUUCUUCAGAUCAUGACAUGCUUUUCAGUUCCUGGAGGGUACUUGUUAUCCCCUCUUCAUGGCAGUUUGUUGCAACUGACAAAGAAGGUUGUGCCUUCAUUGAAGAAAUGGGAAACAAGCUUGGAGAUAGAAAAUGCACAGGAAGCAUAUGAAGGGCAUGUGGUUAAGAAAAUGAAGUCUGAUGGUAAGAAAAAGAAACCCACAGAUAUGAAGAGGUCAAAUAACAGAAAUGAUGUCAGUGCAUUUAUGAAAAAUGAGAUCGAUGUAGAAACACUUGCUGGCCAGAAGAUUGCAUCAGAAGCUCUCAGCAUACCGUCUAGUCCCAGAGGCAUGGAUGCAAACAGCAAUUAUCAAUUUGAAGAAGAAGCAACAGGAAAAUCUUUGGAAAGAAACAAAGAUGAUCGAUUGAAAGAAUGGGCUGCAAACAGCAACAGCAAGACAAUCAAAGCUGAAACUGUCAAAGAGGCUACUACCGACUGUUUAGCAAGUGGUGGUUUUGGCAGCUCAGAAUUGGAACUUUCAGCAGCAAAGAAGGAGCUGAAACCUGUGACAGAAAAGACAGCAUUGACUUCAGAAGAGAUGAAUACAACCAGUGACACAGAUUUUCUGUUGGAUAGGAAACAUGAAAGAAAAAUAAAGCCUGAGAGUAAAAGCAAUCCUUCUGUCGUUAACUUUGAAGAAAACGCAGUUAUAGAUGAAAAAGCUCCUGCUGUUUGCAGAAGCAUGGAGAAGGUUACUAGCAAAGAGGCUUCACUUUAUGAUACAAAUGUGAAAAAUAACACCAAGAGUGAGGCCAAAAGAAUACACAGGGAACAAAAGAAGAAUGCUCCAACAUCUUCUGAUCUUCUGGAUGUUGACAAGGGUGCUCGUUCUUCUGCUGGAGUUAAAGAGAGGAAAAACGAUUCUCACUCCAAAUCUAGCCACUCCGGGAAGAAACCCAAAGCACAACCACAUAGAGAUGUCAGGGACAGUUUGGCAGAUGGAUCCCAUGGAUCCGAAGAGCAGGAUAUAUUGGAGAAUGGAGUUGGAUUGGGAGAGUUGCAGCCAAAGGAAAAAUAUUGGAUCAAAAGGGAUUCUGACAUGCUUGGGGCAUCAAAGAGGGAGAUUUCAUCUAGUGCAAAGCAUGACAGACAUACAGCUUCUGAGGAGCAGAAGAUGCAUGUACCUCCAUCUUCUGUAUCAACUGCAAAUGCAGCUCCUGCACUUCAAGCACCUGUCGUGAUAGAGGAACAUUGGGUACAAUGUGACAUAUGUCAGAAAUGGCGUCUCCUACCAUAUGAGUCGGAUCCUGAUACUCUUCCAAAGGAAUGGAAAUGUAGCAUGCAACUGUGGCUACCUGGGAUGAAUAGGUGCGAUGUUGGUGAGGAGGAGACUACAAAUGCUCUGAAUGCACUAUAUGUCAUUCCACCCCCUGCCAAUGGUAUUCCUUCAGUUGGUCAUCCUCAUGCUGCUUCUUCUGGACCGGCAACAGCCAACACGUUCAGUAUAAAUGGACAUGCUGAGCAGAGUAGGAAAAGGAAGAGUUUUCCAGGUGAUGGAAGUGCUUUGGUUGACAGUUCUCACCCAACACAAGCUUCAGCUUAUUCAACGAUCACCCAACCCCCUCCUAGAGUUAGAAGUACUGCUGAUACUAACCACUAUCCUUCUGAGAGAGAUUCUGUGAGCAAAUCAGUUGACGUUUCCACUGAAAAGAAGAAGUCCAAGAGCAAGAAUCGUGGCAGCUAUUCUGAUGGAGGAGAUCUUGUGGAAAGAUCCAAGAAGCAUUCAAAAGGAAAAGGCAAGAGAGAGAUGGAUUAUGGUGAAUACAAAGCUUCUAAGAAAAUUAAAAAGGAGGAGCGGCAUCGUUCUAGCAGAGACCGGAACCCUGAAUGUGAUUUAGCUAGUGGAGACGUUUCUGAUGAGGCCAAGGCUUUUCUUGCAAAGGCAAAGAGUUUGGGUGAGAAGGGUGAUAUUUCUUCAUUGAAGCAAAAAAGUGUUGCGAGGUCUGAUCGUUUGGAGAAGUCCAAGAGAGACAAGGAUGAUGAUAUAGCUCUUCCUGAAGAUAGGAACAAGGAACAAUACCAAACCUCAGAUGUACAGAGAUCAGACGUUUCUAGCAAGAAGAGGAUAGUGAAGGAAUGGGAGGAGAGUCAGCAUAGUUCAAUAGCUCAGGUGAGCAGAGGAACCACAGUGAAUCACAGCUCUGCUGCCAAGGAAACCCAUAAGGAUCAAAACUUAAAGGAAACAAAGUCCAAGCCGAUAAAGUCUGAAGAACUGUAUUCCAUGACGGAUUCUAAAUUAGGAAAAGGUCUGCACUCUAAUCAGAUUUCUUAUUAUGGUGGUCAUGUAAACAAUGAACUCGUGGAGGAUAGCACACACUUUGCUGGUAAAAGAGGUCCAUCCGAAGUAUUAGAUAAGCGAUCUUCUGAACAUGCUUUGGACUUAGCUGGAGCCGCUUCUAGUGAUGUUCCGACCACAGCAAUAGCUUCAAGUUCUUCAAAAGCUUCAGGCUCUCAGAAAAAGAAAAAUAACUCCCAAGUUGCAAAGACUUCACCGAUUGAAUCAGUUUCCUCAUCACCACCGAGGAACUCUAACAUUGAUAAGUUCUCCCAGAACAGAAUAGUGGAGAAAGAUGGGCCUAUGAAUGCUAACCCAGGCACCAUGCUGAGCUCAGUAAAGUAUCUAAAUACUGAAGUUGAUAUAGUAGACAAUGUUCGGCAGGCUAAGAAGUCCAAGGAGAGUUUGCUUGCAAGUGAACCUGUCUUACAUGGCUCUUCACAAGGAAAUUCUGACAAAGAUGAUGAAUUAGUUCAGUUAACUCAAGGCCAUGCAUCCGAAAGGUUUUCAUUGAGAAAGGGUUUGGAUGAUGAUCAGCAGCAUGCAUCUGGGAGAAAGGACUCCACUGUGAAUGGCUCCAGCACAGCGAGGGGUUAUAACCACCUGCAUUCUGGUGAUAAAAAUAACUUGCGCACUGAUGGCUCUUUAGUGCAACCUAGGACUGCAGCUUCGGGCUCGAAAGGAGAUUUGAUUGCAAGUGAAAGUAAGAAAACUGCAGCUCCUAUUCAAGAUAGAAAUGGAUUAACUCAUUGUGCUCUGGAUGGAAAUCCUAAACCAGAGGUGCCAUCUGGAAAAGAUAAAUCUUAUCCCAAGAGUAACAAGCAAGAUAUGGAGAAGCCCAAAGCCCAAAUCGCUCCUUCACCUCUGAAAGAAACUCACUCCACUCCAGUAAAAUCUAAUGCGUCAAAAUUGACACCACAGUCAAGGCGAAGCAGUGAUGAAAAUGGAGGGCAACAGCGUGUUGCCAAACAGGGAACUUCAAAUCCUACGGAUGGGAAAGAUGGUAAUUCAACUGCAUAUGCUCUCAAAGAAGCUCGAGAUUUAAAGCACAAGGCUAACCGUUUGAAGAAAGAAGGAAAAGAACUUGAAAGCACAAGGCUCUAUUUUGAGGCAGCCUUAAAAUUUCUGCAUGUAGCAUCACUUCUGGAACCUCCUGGUAUUGAUGGUCUGAAACAAGGCGAUGCAGCUCAGAGCAUGUAUUCUGAUACUGCGAAACUCUGCAACUUUGUUGGUCAUGAAUAUGAAAGGUGCAAGAAGAUGGCCGCUGCUGCUUUAGCAUAUAAAUGUGUUGAAGUAGCUUAUCUCAAGGCUGCAUACUACAAAUACCCUAUUGCAAGUAAGGACCGGCAGGUGUUGCAGGCAGUUGUACAGACUACACCAGGCGAAUCACCAUCAUCUUCAGCAUCAGACAUUGAUAACUUAAAUAACAAUGGAUUAUCUAAGAUGGCCCCUUCAAACAAGGAUGCUAAUUCACCCCAAGUUGCUGGGAACCAUUUAUUACUGGCCGUUCGCAAUCAACCACACCUGACAAGGUUACUAGCUUAUACAAAUGAUGUCAAUUCUGCCUUUGAGGCAACUCGGAAAUCACAGAUGGCAAUUGCUUCUGCUGCUGGCAACCAUGAAAAGGGAGUGGAUGGUCUUUCUUCAGUAAAAACAGUUCUGGAUUUUAACUUCAGAAGUGUGAAUGAUCUACUCAGACUUGUGCGGAUUUCAAUGGAGUCUAUCAGCUGCUGAGAUCCCAGAACACAAGAACAUGACAUCCUUUGAGUAGGUGCUGUUGGAUGUGUGAUACUUAUACGGUUAUACCAUUUCACUGUCCCCAACGUGCUGGUAGUAUUUAGUGGAAAAGUUCAAUAGCGCAGAACACAUAGGUCUUAUCGUUUAGGCGUGCUGGUUUGUACAGGAAGUGUUUUGAGAUUCUACUUAUUUUGUUUCUUUAGUGGCGUUCCAUUCUCAUACAGUUGCUAGCAUCUACUUGGAUGAUGUGAACACUGAACAGUCUAGCAAGGCAGCCGAUGAUGGAUUUCAUUGCUCGACACUUGUGAUACUUUGGACAUUUUGGGUGGUAACUCUCAGAUUGCGUUUAAUAGGCAAAUGCACAAUAUUACCCGGAAUCGCCUACAUGCUGUAAAUUAUGUGGUCCCCACUGAGCUGAAUUAUGGUUGAAGAGUAUCUGUCGGUUUUCCUUUGAGCUGUUACAAGAUGACAGUGUUGGCCACUUAACAGUUUUGAUGGGGAGAGGACAUCAAUGCCAAUUAAUCUUGCUAAUUGAGAAAACAGCUAGUGGGCGUUUCUUUUCCGGUCUUUAUAUAGUGGCAUGUCUUCUGGAGAAAGUUCAAGCAGGUUUCAAAGAAGUAACCGCUUGGACCAUCACCUGUUGUGUAUGAGCAUUGUACAAAUUAUUUUUCAUGUACAAUAGGCUAACCCGUUUUUUCGUUAUCGAUACCAGACUGUCUGUACAUGUAUAACUCUAAAUCGCUUGGAUUCCGGCGAAGUUUUAGUCAUCCUUGUUCUCGCAAA